ACAAUCCCGACACUCCUCGUGUCAAGUCCAGCAGGGACUUCCAGUGAGCGUCCUAGCCCACUCCAGACAUUCGAAUGUUCAGGGCAUAAAUCACGAAGAGGCUUCGUGUUGUUCUGGCUGGUAUGUAACAGUCAGUGCACAGACAGUGGCAGCCGUAAAGGUCGCCAGCCCUACCGAAUUCCUGGGCCAGCCCGCCAUGUCUCGGACUCGAAGGUAUGGAAAUGUUUCAAAAGGGCCAGCCAUGUUUCUAUGCCUAGGUAUAAGUCGAGAGUCAGGCGUUGUUGGAUCUAUGAGUUGCGCUUUUGCUGUUUAUUGUCACUCAUUCCAAGAUGCUUAUCUCCAAUUCUCUUGUUUCUUUCACAUUCCCGUUCUUAUUAUGCAUCAGUCCCAUCGCCGCCUUGGGACCGGGUCGGAACGAAAUCGCAAGCGAUGCGCAGGACUUGCUUGAUAACCUCAAGCUGUCUCAUCGAGAUCUCGUAGCCAACCUGAGACGCCGAGAUCCGAACGCGGAAUACUGGACAAAAUUGGCCGGGUCGCAGCCUUCAGGCACUCCCAGCACUCUUUCCGAUGAAUUGUCCCACGUCCUGGGCGAUCUGGGCAGCUCACUGAACCAGCUGAUCCAAAUCCUAUCUUCUCUAUACGACAUCGCUCCUCCAAUACUUGUUUCCGAUUCUUCUUCUUCAACCGUCUUACCCAUCACUGCCCUCAACACGGCAUCAUCGACCGCGACGACACCUGCGACAACACUCGUUACGGCACAAGCAACCAUACCAACCACGACAACAGAAGCGACACCAACCACAAUAUCAGUAACGAGCCCAACCACGGCACCAACAACGACAUCUGCCCCUGCUUUUACGACAAACACCAAUAUCACAUCCACUAUUCCGUCGUCCUCCUCGAGCACAACCUAUACCUUCAACCCCCAAGCCUCCAACCUCAAUGUCGUAUACUACUCCCAAACCGACCUCACAAGCAAAGUCCCACUCACCCAAAUCUGCAACGAUCCCUCAAUCGACAUCAUCAUCCUGGCCUUCGUCACCGAAUUGUUCGCGAAUGGAGGCUGGCCAGCCUUGAACCUAGGCUCGAACUGCUGGGCCGCCAGCGCCGCACAACAAGCCGCCGGUGCCACGGGCCUGCUCGACUGCGUCGGCGACGGCUUCAACUCGCAGAUCACGACGUGCCAGUCUCAGGGGAAGAAAGUCCUCCUCAGCCUCGGCGGAUCGACCGGCAACCUAGCCAUCCCCAGCGACGAAAUGGCCCUCGAAGCCGCGAACACGCUGUGGUCUUUGUUCCUAGGAGGUUCCAACGCGUCAACAUCCCCGAUUCGCCCGUUCGGUAGCGUCGUCUUGGAUGGAAUCGAUCUUGACAACGAAUCCCCCUCCAACGAACCACAUCUCGCAAUCUUAAUGUCCACACUCCGCAGCCUCUUGGCCACCGACACCUCGAAACAAUACUAUCUCACCGCCGCCCCUCAAUGCCCGCAGCCAGACCAAUCGAUCCCUGUUCCGGAAUUGUUACCGUACAUCGACUUCUUCGGCGUGCAAUUCUACAACAACCCAUCUUGCCAAGUCAAUGCUGGCCAAGGCUUCCUCAGUUCGGUCCAGUCAUGGUCGCAAGCCCUACAAAAUACUUCAACAAGUAAGCUGAAGCGUUCGUCGUCGCGAUUCUGGCCACGUCAAUCCGCGAGUAGUAUGGCUGGGACUUUCGUGAAUAUCAACAAUGGCGUUACAGCGCCGAGAUUGCUGAUCGGAACGCCGGCAUUUGCAGGUGCCGGGUCCGGGUUUGUUAGUGUGUCUGAGUACCAAUCUAUCUUGCAACAAGUUGCAGCAUUGGACCUGCCUAAUCUUGCGGGCGCGAUGUUCUGGGACGGAGCGUACGAGGUAGAAAGUGGUGGUGGCGACAAUGGAACGACGUAUGCUCAGAUUGUGAGGGAAGUGUUUGCGUAGGAAUACUCACGAAAGAUGCCUGAAGAUCAAAUGUCAUCUCAUAUGAUAGCUAUCUGAAUUAUGAUAUACAAUAUAUUACCAAAUUUUACAAUCAUGCCUUCCUGGGGUCUCCGGGGUCUCUCAGCUAGCAUCUUCUUCGUGCAAUCAUUGGACAGUCAAGGGCAAAAAAUCAUGCACUACUCAUGGCUGCCAGGCUGUCCACCAGGAGGCAUGGAAAUAAGUGGCCAAGUCAAAGGUCCAGGUCCGUCAAAAUAGUGGUUCGGUUGGAAAGACAUGUACGACUCGGUGCCGUGCACUCCAUUGACUCCAUUCAUCCCAUUGACGCCGUUCACACCGCUCUGGGAAUGUGGCGGCGUGGGAUAAUUGGCGUAGAUGUUGCCCGACUCAUUAAGCAACGAAGCCAGCGAAGUAGGGACGGCCUGGACUUGGCCAGGCGUUGA